CGCCAUUUUGCGAGGCAGCGGCAGUGGCGGCGGCAGCGGCGGCUGGAGCCUCUGAUUGGGUUUCGGGGUCCGGUACUGGAGCCAAUCAGCGCGGGCAGCGAACCGGGGGAGCGAGGCACGGAGUGCAUUUCGCAGUCUUCUAGGAUCUCCUGAGUGAAACUCACUGUGGACAGGAUUCUAACUUGGAGGGAUCAUGGAGCAGUAUACAGCAAACAGCAAUAGUUCGACAGAGCAGAUUGUUGUGCAGGCUGGACAGAUUCAGCAGCAGCAGCAGGGUGGUGUCACUGCUGUCCAGUUGCAGACUGAGGCCCAGGUGGCAUCCGCCUCAGGCCAGCAAGUCCAGACCCUCCAGGUAGUUCAGGGACAGCCAUUAAUGGUACAGGUCAGUGGAGGCCAAUUAAUCACAUCAACUGGCCAGCCCAUCAUGGUCCAAGCUGUCCCUGGUGGACAAGGUCAAACCAUCAUGCAAGUACCUGUGUCUGGGACUCAGGGUUUGCAGCAGAUACAGUUAGUCCCACCUGGACAGAUUCAGAUCCAGGGUGGGCAGGCUGUGCAGGUGCAGGGCCAGCAGGGCCAGACCCAGCAGAUCAUCAUUCAGCAGCCCCAGACAGCAGUCACUGCUGGCCAGACCCAGACCCAGCAGCAGAUUGCUGUCCAGGGACAGCAAGUGGCACAGACUGCCGAAGGGCAAACCAUUGUCUAUCAGCCCGUGAAUGCAGAUGGCACCAUUCUACAGCAAGUUACAGUCCCUGUUUCAGGCAUGAUCACCAUCCCAGCAGCCAGCUUGGCAGGAGCACAGAUCGUUCAGACAGGAGCCAACACCAACACGACCAGCAGUGGGCAAGGGACUGUCACUGUGACACUACCAGUGGCAGGCAAUGUGGUCAAUUCAGGAGGGAUGGUCAUGAUGGUGCCCGGUGCUGGCUCAGUACCUGCUAUCCAAAGAAUCCCUCUCCCUGGGGCAGAGAUGCUCGAAGAAGAGCCUCUCUAUGUGAACGCCAAACAGUACCACCGUAUAUUAAAGAGGAGGCAAGCCCGGGCUAAACUAGAGGCAGAAGGAAAAAUCCCAAAGGAAAGAAGGAAAUACCUGCACGAGUCUCGGCACCGUCACGCCAUGGCUCGGAAGCGAGGUGAAGGUGGACGGUUUUUCUCUCCAAAGGAAAAGGAUAGUCCCCAUAUGCAGGAUCCAAACCAAGCAGAUGAAGAAGCAAUGACACAGAUCAUCCGAGUGUCCUAACCCCAGGCCCUGUGAUGGAGCAGAUCAAGGUCAUGUUCCUUGCCAUGUUUCCCACUGUUCCUGGAAAUUGAUCACCUCUUCCAAUGGGACACUGACGAUUCCGUGCUGCCCUUUUCUACAGGACAAACCACUUAGUUUUUAAUAAGUGGCUCAGUAUUAUAAUUGCAGCAAUGUCUGGCAAAUUGAAGUCGCAAGCCUUUGUCUCGCCCUUUCAGACAGGACCUAUUUCAGACUGUUGAUGACAUUGACAUUUCGUGGAUUAGGAUGAUGCAAGGGACCUGUGCACAUAAGUGCACACACAGCACUUACGUUGGCUUCUGAAGCCAGCCAGCCAUCUUAGCAAGGGAGAACAACCUUCUCAACCAAGACUGAAAUCAGGGAAGCCGAUGCCCACUCCUUCCCAUGGAAUCUAAGCAGCAUCCAUCCCUCUGAUGUGGGAUCUCAUGCUGACUCACUGGACACUUUGUAUUCAGAGGUGGCUUCCAGGCAAGGAAGUUCCAUCUCAUGACAUGGAAACAAUAAAUUGUCUGAGAUACAUUCA